GGAGGGCCCGGGUUAUUGAGACAUUUCAUUGUGAGCGGUGCCGAAGCUUUCGUAACAAGUUUCAUAAUCAGAGUGUGUUGUGGUGAACGUACUGCUGGUGUAAAAGACUUUAAACGAAUUACGGUACGCUGUGGACUACAGUAAACAGGGGCUAAGAUGGCUUCAGCUCUGGCUAACAGGGCAAUAGGAGCCAUCGUGGGAUCAGCAGUGGCAGAUGCUGCAGCACAGCCUCUCCACUGGGUGUACGACCUCCAGAAGUUAAAGGGGAUCCUGGCUCUGAAUCCAAACCCGGAAUUCCACCCUGAGUCCGCUAACCCUUUUUACAGGAGGGAGACUGGCAAGCAGAGUUGCUAUGGAGACCAGGCAUAUGUCCUGCUGGAGUCCCUGUCUGAAUGUGGAGGUCUAAACGUUGAUGACCUGAAGCAGCGCACACUGAAAGUUUUUGGGCCAGGAUCAGAGUAUGACACGCCCGUCAAUGAUCCUUACAGAGAGAGGGGAGGGCCAAGACCUCAGCUGCCCAUCGAUGGGCCGUGGAGACAUGCAAGUUUAAAGAGCUUCCUGAAGAAUGUGGAUGCAGGCAAAGAGGAGACGGGCUGUGAGAACGACUGUCAGAUUGAUGGAAUAGCCAAACUGGCUCCUAUAGUGGCUUUUUAUGCAGGACAGCCUGACAUGCUGGAGAAGGUGGAACAGGCCAUCCGUGUCACCCAGAACAAUGAUGAAUGUGUGGCGGAGACUCUAGCAGCAGCGAGGUUUCUGGAACAUUUCAUCCUGAAUGGUCCAGAUCCAAAAGCCUUGGACGCGGUGCUCAAUCAGCUUAAUGACCCAAACAGAAAGCAGCCUCAAGAUUUAGACAAAGCAGUCAUCGGACACAUCCACCAGGUGAAGGAGAAUUUAUCCAAAACUCCGCAAAAGCUGAUUCCCUCUGUCUUCACAAAUGCAUGAGGUUUGCCGGGUGCGUUCCAAGCCGCGCUGCACGGAGUCCUGACAGCCACUCACUAUGAGACGGCUGUCAAAGACACCAUGAGCUGCGGGGGAUGCACCUGCAGCAGAGGAUCCUUCAUAGGAGCCUGUCUUGGGGCUCAGGUCGGACUUGAGGGAAUCCCGGAGUCCUGGAAGUCCAAGACCCUGCAAUACGACUUGGUGUUGGAGCAUGCCAAGAAGAUAACCAAACACCUGUCGGCGUAAUGCCUUUUAAGAAGGCUUAGAGAGAACAGUGUGACAAACUGUCGAGCUUUGACAGAACAGCGAAUGAUGGUUCCUGUUUAAACGUUUGGACGGCAGGAGCCAGAUGUUUUUGUUUCUGUUAAAGUAAAACAGGUUGGUUCACAUGUUCUGUGACAAGAUAUGGUAAAGAUCAUCAUUAUUAUAAAAAUGAAUUACUAUUUUAACUACUAUUUCUGGGCUCCGUAUAUGUCAUUUAAGCAUUAUUCAUACUGACAGUGUGAUUUGUGGUCCAACACAAAAUAUAGGAGUUUAGAGAAAAAGACUCCAUGCACCACAGUUAUUGCAAAUGAUAUUUUUCCAAUAUCCAGUACUGCAUUUAUGUAGCCACAGGUUGUAUCAAGAGCCCAUAAACUGCAGGAAGCACAUCAGAGAUGUAAAGGCCAUCAAUAAAAAGAAAAAUAAUA